CCUAGCUCUCAUCAAACCCUUCUAUUGACAACACAAUAACUAUUCAACUAGGGUCCGCAGACAACUUCGUUUCGUAAAUGGAGGAAAUUACUGUCGGGGUGAACAAGAUGAACAUUGCAGAGCCCCACAAGAAAAACCGUAUUCAAGUCUCCAAUACUAAGAAACCGCUUUUCUUCUACGUGAAUCUCACAAAGAAGUACAUGCAAGACAACAAUGAGGUCGAGCUUUCUGCACUUGGCAUGGCUAUUUCAACUGUCGUAUCAAUUGCUGAAAUUCUGAAGAACAAUGGCUUUGCUGUUGAAAAGAAGAUAACAACAUCCACUGUGGAGAUAAGAGAUGAGUCAAGAGGAAGAUCUGUCCAAAAAGCCAAGAUUGAGAUAGUACUUGGCAAAACAGCAAAUUUCGACGAACUGAUGGCAGUCGCCAAACAGCGCAUGGAAACUGAAAAUGGUGAGGAUUAGUAGGUAUAGCCAAAGUGUCUCGACUUAUCUGGUUUAGUAUUAGUAUGCAAUUCUCUCCGUUAGGUUGCUGGCAUUUGGUAGUCGGGCAUUGAUUGUAAGGAUGUGGUGAANUUUUCAUU